AGUCAAUUCAAUACAGUUGGCUCAGAGCUACAGACAUCGUCAGACCCAUUUGUCAGUCACUUGGGAUGUUACUUGCGGACAAGAACUGGUCGCUUCUUUUGAACCUCAUCAUUGAGAGAUAUUUGCAUGGGACUACGAUUUGUGUUCUGUGGCACGAUGACUACGAGUUUCAGCCCCAGGACCUAGCUGCCGAGUACUCUAGCUUUGUAGAUAUCAACAUUGCCACUCUGGCCAGCAGCUUCGAGGAUAAUGUAGUCGAUGCAGCAGCCAAAAGGCAACAGCUAAAGGAGCGCGACCUGGUGUAUGAUGACUUGCUGCUUAAGCUCACCUUAUCCAUUGAGAUGUCACACUGCGAGAGUUUCCUGGUCUUUGGUGAAUACAUUCCCCGCUUUGUGGCCGCCUUCACACAGGCAGCCAUGUAUUCCAUAUGGCGCUCGUUGCACAACAAAUUCAUAUUUGCCCAUGUUGCACAGGAUUUGGCGGAGGAAUGCUAUCGAGACUUCUUUUUCCAGGACCAGCCCAACAUACUCUUUGUGGUGCGCAGUUAUGCGAAUGCGACUGACUUUGAGCUCAAAACCAACAAGUAUGUGGGACCUAGAUCGGAACGGCCGGAUCAGCUGGAGCUGCUGGAUCGUUACGAUGCGAUGGAGCAGCGAUUUCAGCAUAACAUCUCGCUUUUUCCUGACAAAUUGAGAGACUUGCAGGGACGUGAACUGAUCAUGAAUGGCUUUGACUACAGGCCUUACACGGUCAUCAAAUAUGGCAGCCAGAGCAAUGCGCGUGAUAUCGGAGUGCCCGACGAAUCGGAACUAUCUAAAGUGUACAUCGAUGGAACAGAGACGCGUGUAGUUUUCAGCUUUUGCGCCCAAUUCAAUUGUACGGUGCAGAUAGACACAUCUGACGCCUACGACUGGGGCACCAUCUACCCGAACAUGACGGGAGACGGCUCUUUGGGCAUGAUUAUCGAGCAUAAGGUCGACAUUUGCAUUGGCGCAAUGUACUCCUGGUACGAUGAUUACACCUACUUGGACCUGUCCAUGUAUCUGGCGCGCUCUGGCAUAACGUGUCUAGUGCCUGCGCCACUGCGUCUGGCCAGCUGGUAUUUACCGUUGCAGCCGUUUCAAGGUACACUCUGGGCCGCCGUACUGUUCUGCCUGGGCAUUGAAACGCUGGGCCUGGUGUUGGCGCACAGGAGAGAGCAGGAGCUGUACGCUUCUACAUAUCCAAAGGACGGCUGGUGGCAGAGCACAAAGUUCGGAUUGGUCACCACCUUCAAGCUGUUCAUAUCGCAGUCGGGCAACAGUAAUGCGCGCUCCGUAACAGUGCGCGUGCUUCUCUUCGCUUGCUUUCUCAACGACAUCAUCAUUACGAGCAUCUAUGGAGGCGGUCUGGCCAGCAUAUUGACCAUACCCAGCCUAGGGGAGGCGGCCGACACGAUGCAGCGUAUGCGUAACCAAAAACUACAAUGGGCGGCCAACUCAGAAGCGUGGGUAUCAUCGAUUCGUGGCUCUGAUGAUCCGCUAGUGCACGAGCUUUUGAGCAACUUUCACAUCUACACCGAUGACCAAUUACUCGACUUGGCGCAGCGGGAGCGCAUGGGAUUCACCGUGGAGCGUCUGCCUUUCGGUCACUUUGCUAUUGGCGAUUACCUGACCAGGCAGGCCAUUGAACACAUGGUUAUUAUGCAGGAGGAUCUGUACUAUGAGUACACAGUGGCUUUCGUGCCACGUCUGUGGCCACUGCUCGAACGUUUCAAUGAGCUGGUCUAUCGUUGGCACUCGUCUGGGUUCGACAAGUACUGGGAGUACCGUGUGGUAGCCGACAACCUCAAUGUCCAGAUACAGCAGCAGGUGGAAGGCACUAUGUCAGGCGGCGGUCAGGAGGAUAUAAACAUUGAGCCAGUCACUCUGGCCAUGUCCAACUUUGCCGGAAUAUUGUUGGUUUGGGUCUUGGGCGUUACCGUGGCUUUAAUGGCAUUCGUAGCCGAAUUGAUGGCUGCCAAGGUCAAAAAACAGCGAAUCAUGACGUUCUAA